UGGCUGCAAGGCUAGCUGAGCUAAACACGAUUCAGCGAGCCAGGGCUCACUGAUUUUGCUAGUUAACUGCGCCCUCCUUGUGCGCGAGGUACUUCCCACAUACUUCCAUAUUCAUCUGCAACUGAUCUUUCGUUUCCAAGCCAAUUUCUCUACCCAACGAACGAUCUCCGACUGGUUUGAAGGAGAAGAGCAGAAAAGAGGAACCCAACAAAAAGAAAAAAUAAAUAAAUAAAUAAUUAAAAGAAAGAUGAACCCAUUCAAUCCAAUCUCUGAACAAGCUCCGUCAAACCCCAACACGAUGCAGAACUCCCCCCAAACCAACUCGUUUCUCCAACAACCAAACCCUAACCCUAGUUUAGUCGUUAAUCUUAACCCUAAUUUGAACUCGGAUAUGGAUCCAAUGUCGUCACUUUCCAUCCCCAGGAAGCGAAAGCGCGGAAGAACUCGCAGGCCUUCGUCCCUCCCGCUCCACAACCAGGUAUUUCCUCCUUUCUCUCUUUCCAACGGCAAUGUUAACGGUAAUAACGAACUUGUUACUUCCUCGUCGCCUUCCAUCAAAACCAUUAAUUCAGAGAACUCGAAUUCCUUACCUGCUACUACUUCUGAUAUCUCUGAAGAGAUUAUCGUAAUUAACAAGGAAGCUACCGCAGAAGCUCUGAUAGCUCUCUCUGCCGGGUUCCCUGCUGAUUCCCUCACUGAAGAGGAAAUCGAUGCUGGGGUUGUUUCUGUUAUUGGAGGGAUCGAACAGGUUAACUAUAUUCUUAUCAGAAACCACAUCCUCUCUAAGUGGAGAGAGAAUGUGUCAAAUUGGUUGACGAAAGAGGCGUUUGUUGAUUCGAUACCGUCUCACUGCAGUACCCUUUUGAAUUCGGCUUAUAAUUUCUUAGUUUCUCAUGGGUAUAUUAAUUUUGGGGUUGCACCGGCCAUUAAAGACAAGAUUCCGGCAGAGUCGACGAAGGCAAAUGUGAUAGUGAUCGGAGCUGGAUUGGCAGGUUUGGCCGCUGCCAAGCAGUUGAUGGCCUUUGGGUUUAAAGUGGUUGUUUUGGAAGGUAGAAAACGGGCUGGUGGGCGGGUUUACACCAAGAAAAUGGAGGGUUUGAAUAAGACUGCAGCUGCUGAUUUAGGGGGUAGUGUCUUGACAGGUACUCUUGGGAACCCACUUGGUAUUUUAGCCAGGCAAUUGUCUUACCCUCUUCAUAAGGUCAGAGAUAAGUGCCCACUUUACAGAUCAGAUGGGAAACCAGUUGACCCGGAUUUGGAUUACAAGGUGGAAACUGCAUUCAACCGGCUUUUGGAUAAAGCAAGCCGGCUCCGGCAGUUAAUGGGGGAAGUAUCAGUGGACGUCUCCCUGGGGGCAGCAUUGGAGACCUUUCGACAGGUGUUUGGUGAUGCAGUCAAUGCGGAAGAAAUGAACUUGUUCAAUUGGCAUCUCGCAAACCUGGAGUAUGCUAAUGCAGGUUUGCUCUCCAAACUCUCACUUGCUUUCUGGGACCAGGAUGAUCCAUAUGAUAUGGGUGGAGACCAUUGUUUUCUUCCUGGAGGAAAUGGGAGGCUGGUCCAGGCAUUGGCAGAAAACGUGCCCAUUCACUACGAGAAAACUGUUCACACCAUCCGGUAUGGUAGCAAUGGGGUUCAGGUUAUUGCAGGAAGCCAGGUUUUUGAGGGUGAUAUGGCACUGUGCACUGUUCCACUUGGUGUCCUGAAAAGUGGUUCUAUCAAGUUUAUUCCAGAGUUGCCUCAGAGGAAGCUUGAUGGGAUAAAGAGAUUGGGGUUUGGGUUGUUAAACAAGGUUGCUAUGCUGUUUCCACACGCAUUUUGGGGAACAGAGCUUGAUACCUUUGGGCAUCUUUCUGAUGAUCCUAGUCGUCGUGGGGAGUUUUUCCUGUUUUACAGUUAUGCCACCGUGGCUGGUGGUCCUCUCUUGAUGGCUUUGGUAGCUGGAGAGGCUGCACAUAAGUUUGAGACUAUGCCCCCCACUGAUGCUGUGACUCGAGUUCUUCAGAUUCUCAAAGGUAUUUAUGAACCACAGGGAAUUGAUGUCCCUGAGCCCAUCCAAACUGUCUGUACUAGGUGGGGUAGUGAUCCUUUCAGCUUAGGUUCUUAUUCUAAUGUUGCAGUUGGGGCAUCUGGGGAUGAUUAUGAUAUCUUGGCAGAAAAUGUUGGAGAUGGGAGGCUUUUUUUUGCUGGGGAGGCCACAAUUAGACGAUACCCAGCAACUAUGCAUGGGGCCUUCUUGAGUGGUGUGCGAGAAGCUGCAAAUAUGGCUCAUCAUGCUAAUGCCCGAGCCUUGCACAUCAAAGUUGAGAGGAGUCCAUCCAAGGAUGCACAGUCUUGUGCUGUCCUGCUUGCUGAUUUAUUCAGGGAGCCAGAUCUAGAAUUUGGGAGCUUUUCUGUUAUUUUUAGCCCUAAUUAUUCUGAUCCCAAGUCGAUGGCAAUUUUAAGGGUCACCUUUAGUGGACCUCGGAAGAAAACAAGUGAGGGAUCAAAACCAGAUCAACAGCACUCAAACAAAUUAUUAUUUCAGCAACUUCAGUCACAUUUUAAUCAGCAGCAACAGCUUCAUGUCUACACCUUGUUAUCAAGGCAACAGGCACUUGAGCUCAGAGAAGUCAGAGGAGGCGAUGAGAUGAGGUUGAGUUUUUUAUCAGACAAGCUUGGUGUGAAGUUGGUGGGAAGGAGAGGCUUGGGGUCUGCUGCUGAUUCUGUUAUUGCUUCUAUCAAAUCUGAGAGGGGCAACCGCAAAUCCACCUCAACUUCUUUAGCUCUUAAAUCAGGAACAUCAAAGCAUAAGCCAGGCACUUCAAAGCAUCCAUUGGUCAGAAGGGCUAAAGCAGUGGCCAGCAGCAAUAGCUCAAAAGCAGCAACCAACAGCAAUGGCCCUAAACCAGCAGCUAACAUCAGUGACUCUAAAACAGGAACCAACAGCAAUGGCUCUAAACCAGCAGGUAACAUCAAUGACUGUAAAGCAGUGGCAAGCAUCAAUAUCAGUGGCUCCAAACCUGUGGAAAACAGUUACGACUCUAAAGCAGCAGCAAACAGCAAUACCAAUGGUUCUAAAGUAGUGGCCAAUAGCAAUGACUCUAAAGCUGCAGCCAACAGCAAUGAGUCAAAAGCAGCAACCAACAGCAAUGGCUCUAAACCAGUAGCCAAUAUCAAUGAUCCAAAAGCAAUGGCUAGCAGCAAUGACUCAACAUCUUUUCCCAGUUGAGGUGAACAGUCUUUCAGACAGGAACAUCAGUGUGUAAACCAAGCACCUUAUAGGCUUUUAUACCACAAAUUCAUCAGGAAGGCUAAAGUGGAUAGCUGCCAAGUCAAUUCCUAAAUGAUUCUAGUUGGAACAUUAUGUGCCUCAUCCUCAAAAUCGUGGUUCCAGAUGGUUGUCUACAUUAUUUGUGCACUUCUUGUUCUUAUUCUCACUGCUAAGGAGAGUUAAUUGGGGGCAUUGAAUCAUGAAGAAGAUUUGAAGUUUCCCAUGGGUGAAAGAGAAAAGCUCCGGAUUGGACCUGGAUACAAAAAUGUAUAUUGGCUACUUUGUUAGUAAAUCUCGUCUGUAACUAUGACACCAUGAUACAAAUGCAACUAUUGUUUUCAUUCUUUGUAUCUAUUUUGCCAUUGGUUCCAUUAGCCAAUGAGCAAAUGAAGAGGAAAUAUUACUUGUGCAGCUGUCUAUUGAGGCGA